GACUGAUAUUUAUAAAAUUUUAGUAAAGAUGAUGCUGAAAAUAUCGUCAGUCAAGCUUAAUCGCCUCGGAAAUGUCUAGAAGAAGACACAAAGUAUAGGAGCAAAGGAGCAACAACAUAUUGGCCAACUAAAAAAAUUUAAAAACAAAACAACAAAGUGGGCAAGUAUUGGUUACGAGCUAUGGAUAAAUUCGCAAUCGUUUAUAUUGGCACUCAAGUGGAAAGUGGACAAAAAAGGCGAUAGAAAAUUUACAAUUUUACAAGCGGAGCUGCAAUUUAUAAAAACGCCGUAUGAUGACGAAAUGGCACAAAUUAUAGCGCAAGAUGACUCACUGUGCCUUGAAGUAGCAAUUGCGCCUGGUAGAGUUUUUCGAAAAUUUGCCAUUUCAGGACGCACCACAGAAAUGUCUACUUUAAGUUCCUCAUCAUCGUCUCCUAUUCAAUUAUUUUCACGUACUACGAAAAGAAAAACAGAGCAAGAGAAAUAUUUUAAUAAGUAUUUUGAUUUG